UUACCUCUUCAACCCGAACAAGAAUUACCAAAAACUUAUAAAGCUAAUUUGAUUUUUGAUAAAAAUCAAGAUCUUAAAGAUUCAAAUUAUGAAAGAGCCAAGAAUUGUAAAGAAAAGAUUUUAUAUAGUCCUAAAUAUGAAGCACAACAAGAACGUGAUUUUGUGAUUGAUACAUAUUUUAAGCAUUUAUCAGAGCUUGAAUUAAGAGUUAAAAAAUGCACUAAUUUCUAUUUAAAUAAAGAAUGCAUUAAAUGUAAAAAUCAAUUAAUAGAACCUAAGGAUUUUGAUUUAGAAUCUCUUUCACAAGAGUCUCAAGUUUCAUCUUGUUCUACUAAUACAUAUCAUGAAACUGACACAGAUGAUUUUAUAGAGUGUGACAAGUUCACUUAUCUAAAAAACCAGAAUGGUAUUGUUCUAAAUGACAAAUUAUAUUUUAGUGAUAGUGAACUUAGAAUAGAUGAUUCUUCAAGUUCCAAAUGUAAUUCUCUUUAA